AUGCAGCUGUUGACCUGGGCUGCCUACGCUGCGCUUAUCCUAGCGUCCCUUUCGAUCGCCCAAGGGGACGAUAAAUCAAUGGAUAUAGACAUGGCAACGGAUAAGGUUAUGCACGCUACUUCCAGCGCAACUGCUCCAACAGCUUCUGUCUCGGGUAAUUCCCAAAACGAAGGUCACACGAGCUACUUUUCUUAUGGUCAGCACUCGAGCACCAUCCUGGCCCAUAUUGCGCUCAUGACCCUAGGCUGGUGCUUUGUUCUUCCUGCAGCCGUCCUACUUAGCAUUGGCCGCUCGCGGCUGGCGCUCCCGUUGCAGUACCUGUUCCUGAUCUUUAACUCCCUCGGUCUGCUCUUCGGAAUGAUCUACAAUAAGCAAGCGCCCGAUCUGUACGAGAACAACGUGCACCGCAAGAUCGGCUGGAUCGUGACAUGUGUCAUCAGUGCGCAAGUCGCUCUAGCCUGGAUAUUUGCGCAUGCUGGUCGUGGCGAUUCCAAUCCUUCGCUUUCGGGAUCUUUUAAUCGCGCCACGUUCCUCCCUAUCACUACUGAUGAGCACGAAUGUUCCUACCGAAGUAGGGAUCUACACGAGUGCUGCUGCUCUUGCAAUAGCAGCCAGAUAACGGAAUCUAACUCUUCCAUUCGCAACCAUGUCUCGCCACCCUGCCAGUCGCAAGCCGAGGACGACGAAUUUGAAAUGCCCGAGGAGCUUCAUCCUAAGCAUUCUAGUCUGGGUGGCUGGUUCUACAGCUCUCUUGUCGAUCGGAUUCUCUUAAACUCCGUGCCCGGAACAUUCUCGAAUCGUGUCCUGCGCUUUCUUGGCGGCGUGUAUAAUGUGAUCGAUCGGACCAUUCUCCCCUUUGGCUUUAUUGCUACUGCAACUGGAGCUGUUACCUAUGGUGGCAUCUUCCACGGUAACGAGAUCUUUAACGGUCUGGCACACUUUAUCAAAGGAGGGAUUUUCUUUUGGUAUGGUGUUCUUACUGUUGGACGGUUUAUCGGAGCCUGGGCGGACUUAGGAUGGGCGUGGAACAAAAAGCCUCCAGCGUGUGUUGUCGGCUGGAAAGCAAAGGUCCCUUCAGGCGAGUUUGUGGAGUCGUUUGUCAUAUGGCUGUAUGGUGUUACCAAUGUUUUCUUAGAGCACCUGGCCGGCCGAGGGAAAGAGUGGUCUACGGCUGAUCUAGAGCACGUCGCAAUCUCUAUUAUGUUCUUCGGUGGUGGUCUUGUCGGCAUGCUCAUUGAAUCCCAGCGUAUUCGCGAUGCGCUUAACGAUAGCCUGUUCCAAUCCCUUACCUGCAAGCCUGUAGAUGAGACCUGGCAACCUCCAAGGUCACAGGGUGUUCCUCUGAACCCGAUGCCAGCUCUUGUCAUCCUACUCUUAGGUAUGAUGAUGGGAUCGCACCACCAGGACAGCAUGACUUCGACUAUGGUGCAUAAGCAGUGGGGUAAUAUGCUCAUUGGGUUUGCGAUUUCUCGCGGAAUGACCUAUAUUCUCCUGUUCCUGCGCCCGCCAACCUCAUACCUCCCGGGUCGUCCUCCCACAGAAAUCCUGGCUGGAUUUUGUCUUAUGUCUGGGGGGCUUAUUUUCAUGCUAAGUGCCCGCCAAGUGAUCGAAGCCAUGGAGUUUUAUGAGUUGGAUGCUAUGUUUACCUUUACCGUGGCCCUGGGCUUCACAGCCUUCAUUAUGUCGUUGGUUGUUCUGACCAUCACAAUUAAAGCGUGGGCAGUGAAGCGCGAGCGAGCACAGGAAUAA